ACGCAAUAGGGGGUGAUCUACAGGCUACCCCUCUGCAAUGGGCCGCACGCAAUGGAUACCUCUACAUCGUGCAACUGCUCAUAUCCCACAAUGCUGAUCCAACCAUCGCUGACACCCAAGGCUACAACUCCCUCCACCUCGUGACACACUCAUCAUCAGUAAUGCCACUCCUUUACUUACUGCAUCAACCUGUGAACGUCGAUUCUCGUGACUUACAAGGUCAUACGUCAUUGAUGUGGGCUGCGUAUCAAGGCGAUGCACUGUCCGUGGAUCUUCUGCUUAAGCACGGCGCGAAUCCCAACUUGAAAGAUGAUGUUGGACUUACCCCCUUACACUGGGCUGUGGUCCGAGGCAAUCGAGUUAUUCUCCGGCGCCUCAUCGAAAUGGGCGCAGACAUGCACGCAAAAGAUGUUGAGGGCCGUACACCAAGAGACAUGGCUGUUGAAUUAAAGAGCCUAGGCGCGUGGAAGAGAGCCAUGGAAGAGGGUGGCAUGACGGAACAUGGUGUGGUCAAAGCGAAACCAUUGAACGAGCGCAAUAGCAAAUUUGCCACCUUCAUCUUACCUUCCUUGUUUCUAUAUUUCAUUUUCACAACGCUUGCCAUUCUGCCGUGGUAUACCGGCAUUAUACUCGCCAUGGCAAAGAAACCCCUACGGUCAAAACAUUGUCGGAUUUGUGAUCGAUGUGUAGCGCGAAGUGACCACCAUUGUCCAUGGGUCUGGAACUGUGUCGGAGCAAAUAACCACAGGCAGUUUUUACUAUUUGUCUCGACACUAGUCAUCGACAUCGUGUUGUUUGAUUACCUUGUUUAUGAAUAUUUCUCGUCGGUAUCAUUACCAGAAUCCGUUGACUGCUCCAUAAUCCUCUGCGAGCCAGCAUUGAAGGAUGCAUUCCUUCUUUGUGUCUCACUAUGGUCAGCACUGCAACUGACGUGGACUUCCGUACUUCUCGUGACACAGUACUGGCAAGUGACUAGACAGCUAACAACGUUCGAGGUCUCCAAUCUCGGGCGUUUCGGCUUCAUGGGCGGUCGCGGCACCCUUGCUGCUGGCAGUGGAGGCGCCGGUAUUCAGAUGGGACAUCGGCACCAUCAUGGCGCUCACCAGCAGAAUGCCGACACCGACAGCGAAGCAGAGGGUGGUGCUCACAAACAGGCACAUAACCAUACUUUUUGCGGGACCCUCACUGCGCCCGGUACAUGUACCGCCUUCCUACUCAACCUCCUCGGCCUCGACCGGUUCACCCGUGGACGUGCCGCACGCGGACUCACCUCGCAUGCACGCAAUCCAUUUGACUUCGGAGCUGUACGGAACUGCAGGGACUUCUGGAGUAUGGGCAAGGAACUUGGCGUGGAGUAUGGCCAGGUGUAUGAUGUGCCCUUGGAAGGUUUCGACGAGGCCAAGAAACGGAAGGAAGCGGAACGGGGCGACCUUGAGCACGAUCACGAAGGCCCCAGCAGCAGCAGGAGUAAAAGUCUACUUGGCAAGCUCAGUAUGCGGAUGGGUAUGGGCUCCAGUCGGAGAGGCUAUGAACCCCUGAAUCAGGUCUAGCGUAUGUGAUUCUCUUGGGACGAUGAACUAUUUAUUCUGUUUAAUGUACAUGUGGAUAUUGCACUGUUACAGGUACGUACAGUGUCCAGAAUAUAAGCAUUAGUAUCCUCAGUUAUUGCCAUUCGAC